GUUUCCAUUGGAAAGCCUGGCUUUAGGAAGAGGUUAUGGCCUCUGUGUGCGGUUCACACUGACUCGAUUAUAACAACUUUAUGCAGAUGCCAGUGAAGUUUGAUAUUCUAAGAAUCUCGGGUAGGUUCUGCAACAAUGCCUGCCUCUUGCGUUCAUCACCUGCGUGAUAAUGUGACCAGAUAGCUUCUGCCGCUUUCUCCUUUGCCACGGAGUUUAUCGUGGCCCACAGCGGCGCCCACAACUGCGGCGGUAAAGUUGGCAUGGUGGUUUCAAGCAACGAUUGAAGCUAUCAUUUCAAAAGAAGAUCUGGAUUGUUAGUGGUGGUGAGCCUAGACGUGGAACUUAGACUUUUUUUACAUUUCCGUGAAAUCAUACGGAUUGUCUCUCACUACUGCUGUCCUAGGUAAUGAGGAAAAGAAAAUGGCGGCGGAAAAGGCUAGAGGCGAGGGCGAAGAGGGGUCCUUCAGUCUCACAGUCGAAGAGAAGAAGGCGCUUUGUGGAUUAGACAGCAGCUUCUUCGGGUUCUUGAGCCUAUGCAAAGAUGGCGUCAAGAUGAAGACGCUGUUGAACAAGGCAAUUCAUUGCUAUGAAUCUUUAAUAGUAAAAGCUGAAGGAAAAGUGGAAUCAGAUUUCUUUUGUCAAUUAGGUCACUUCAAUCUCUUACUGGAAGAUUAUUCAAAAGCAUUGUCAUCUUACCAGAGAUACUACAGUUUACAGACUGACUACUGGAAGAAUGCUGCAUUUUUAUAUGGUCUUGGUUUGGUCUACUUCUACUACAAUGCAUUUCAAUGGGCAAUUAGAGCAUUUCAAGAAGUCCUUUAUGUUGACCCUAAUUUUUGCAGAGCCAAGGAAAUUCAUUUACGACUUGGCUUUAUGUUCAAAGUAAAUACAGAUUAUGAGUCUAGUUUAAAGCAUUUUCAGCUGGCUCUAAGGGACUCUAAUGUCUGUACCUUGUCCAGUGUUGAAAUUCAGUUUCAUAUUGCUCACUUAUUUGAAAUUCAGAGGAAAUACCAUUCUGCAAAAGCAGCCUAUGAACAACUUUUACAAAUUGAAAGCCUUCCAUCACAAGUCAAAGCAACUGUAUUGCAACAGUUAGGUUGGAUGCACCAUAAUAUGGAUCUAGUAGGAGACAAUACCACCAAAGAAAGAUAUGCCAUUCAGUAUCUUCAAAAGUCAUUGGAGGAAGAUCCUAAUUCUGGCCAAUCUUGGUAUUUCCUUGGAAGGUGUUACUCGUGUAUUGGGAAAGUUCAGGAUGCCUUUGUAUCUUAUAGGCAAUCCAUUGAUAAAUCAGAAGCAAGUGCAGACACAUGGUGUUCAAUAGGUGUGCUUUAUCAACAGCAAAAUCAACCUAUGGAUGCCUUGCAAGCUUAUAUAUGUGCUGUACAGUUAGAUCAUGGACAUGCAGCAGCCUGGAUGGACUUAGGUAUUCUUUAUGAAUCCUGCAACCAAACCCAGGACGCCAUUAAAUGCUACUUAAAUGCAACUCGGAGCAAAAGCUGUAGUAACACCUCUGUGCUUAUAUCAAGAAUUAAGUUUUUACAGGCUCAGUUGUGUAACCUUCCACAAAGUAGUCUACAGAAUAAAACUAAAUUACUUCCUAGUAUUGAGGAGGCAUGGAGCCUACCAAUCCCCGCAGAGCUUACCUCCAGGCAGGGUGCCAUGAACACAGCACAGCAGAAUGUUUCUGAUAGCUGGAAUAGUGUCCACACAGCUUCACAUCAUCCAGUACAGCAGCAAGUUUAUACACAGUGCUUCACAACACAGAAAUUACAGGGUCUUGGUAAAGAUCAACAACGUCCGUUUCAAACUGGGUCUACACGGUAUAUCCAUGCAGCUUGCGUUGAUAAUCAGAAUCAGAAUGGAAAUCAUACUUUGCCUCAAAAUUCAAAGGGGGAUACUCAAAACCACUCUUCCUUACAUAUUCCUACCUCAGAAGAACAAAAGAUCUUUAACUUUACCAAAGAGAGCAAGGAUUCAAGAAGUAAAUCCUUGAGUCCUAAAACAAGUAGGCAAGAUAGAGACACAUCUAAUAUCUAUGUUAAUGCAAAGGAACAUUCUAAAAAUAUUCAUGAGAUCACAUCAGUUCCUAUUUCCAGUCUUAAUAAUGAAGAUUCUGUGUCACCAAAUUUAAUAAUUGUAGAUAAUCCUCAGCUUUCUGUCUUGGUAGGAGAAGCUAUGGACAGUGUGGACCAUGACUCUAGAACUUGUGACAAAGUCAAUAAUGUUCAUCCAACCCUUCACAAAAAGCCUGAUAAUCUUACUGCUUCUUCACCCUCUUCAGCCAGUUCCACAGAAACACUUUCUCUAAAGGUCACUGAGCAGAUGCACACACACAUUGUUACCAGCUUUAUCAGCCCUAACAGUGGAUUAGACACAAUUAAUGGAGGACCUGAGAACUCAGAAAGUUCUAUCAGUGUUAGUGUUGGCCUCAGACCUAGACCUCAAAUCAUACCAUCGAUGUCUGUGUCCAUAUACUCGAGUUCAACAGAAGUUCUGAAAGCAUGCAGGAAUCUAGGUAAAAAUGGUUUGUCAAAUGGUCAUAUUCUCUUGGAUAUAUGCCCACCUCCAAGACCACCAACUUCACCAUACCCUCCCUUACCAAAAGAGAAGUUGAAUCCACCCACUCCUAGUAUUUAUUUGGAAAAUAAGCGUGAUGCCUUUUUCCCUCCAUUACAUCAAUUUUGCAUCAAUCCAAAAAACCCUGUUACGGUAAUUCGUGGCCUUGCUGGAGCUCUUAAGUUAGAUCUUGGACUUUUCUCUACCAAAACUUUGGUAGAAGCUAACAAUGAGCAUAUCGUAGAAGUGAGGACCCAAUUUUUGCAGCCAGCAGAUGAAAACUGGGAUCCUUCUGGAACAAAGAAAAUCUGGCGGUAUGAAAAUAAAAGUUCUCAUACUACAAUUGCUAAAUAUGCACAGUACCAGGCCUGCUCCUUCCAGGAAUCAUUGAGAGAAGAAAAUGAGAGAAAAACACAAGUUAAAGACUAUUCAGAUAAUGAAUCAACAUGUUCAGAUAUUUCCAGAAGGAGACAGAAAGUACCUUUUAAAACCAUAAAAUGUGGCAUUAACAUUGACCUGUCUGAUAACAAAAAGUGGAAGUUGCAGUUACAUGAGCUGACUAAGCUUCCUGCUUUUGUACGUGUUGUAUCAGCAGGGAAUCUUCUCAGUCAUGUUGGCUAUACCAUACUGGGAAUGAAUUCAGUUCAACUUUGUAUGAAAGUUCCAGGGAGUAGGAUACCAGGUCACCAAGAAAAUAACAACUUCUGUUCUGUUAACAUAAAUAUUGGUCCAGGUGAUUGUGAAUGGUUUGUUGUACCUGAAGAUUAUUGGGGUGUUCUGAAUGACUUCUGUGAAAAAAAUAAUUUGAAUUUCUUGAUGAGUUCUUGGUGGCCGAACCUUGAAGAUCUUUAUGAAGCAAAUGUUCCUGUUUAUAGGUUUAUUCAAAGACCUGGAGAUUUGGUCUGGAUAAAUGCAGGCACUGUUCACUGGGUUCAGGCUAUUGGGUGGUGUAACAACAUCACCUGGAAUGUUGGUCCACUCACAGCCUUCCAGUAUAAAUUGGCAGUUGAAAGAUAUGAAUGGAACAAAUUGCAAAGUAUCAAGUCAGUAGUACCCAUGGUUCAUCUUUCAUGGAAUAUGGCACGAAAUAUCAAAGUCUCAGAUCCAAAGCUUUUUGAAAUGAUUAAAUAUUGUCUCCUCAAGAUUCUAAAGCAGUGUCAAACUUUGAGAGAAGCUCUUGUUGCAGCAGGGAAAGAGGUUUUGUGGCACGGAAGGAUAAAUGAUGAACCAGCUCCUUACUGUAGCAUCUGUGAGGUGGAAGUUUUUAAUUUGCUUUUUGUCACAAAUGAAAGCAAUUCUCAAAAGACAUACAUAGUACAUUGUCAGAACUGUGCACGAAAAACAAGUGGGAAUCUGGAAAAUUUUGUGGUGCUAGAACAGUACAAAAUGGAGGAUCUGAUUCAAGUCUAUGACCAGUUUACAUUAGCUCCUUCAUUAUCUUCUUCAUCUUAACAUUGUUCCAAAAAUACUAAGACUCUUCGUGAAAUAUACUACUCAUCUUAAUGUUAUUUCAUAUGAGACUGCUAUCUCAAAGCUGUCUAUGCACCCUUUCAAGAGUAGAAAAUCAGGAGACUAAGCAGAAAGCAUUACUUCUAUUCCAAGAUUUGCAAAGUUGACCCAAAUGUAUUUCAUAAUUAAAAAUUAAUAGUAAUACCACAUGAUUUGUAUAUAUCUCACAGAAAUGCCAUUUUCACAAAGACUAAUGGCUUGAAAACAACCCUUUUUAUGUCUGCAUUUCUGGGCUGAUGGAUUGAUUUCUUUAUGCUUGUAAGUUACCCUUUCAAAUUUUUUCUUCAGAAUCAAAUAGCAUCUUACUUGGCUACUUCUUUUCAAGACAACUAACAAAUUAAAAAACUUUUUUUUGCCAAUUUUUAUCUAAAACCAAAAUAAUAUGAAAAUGUUUAUAAUGCUCUGUCACUAUUGUUUUGAAGUCACAAAACAUUAACAACCAAGGUAAAAAGAUUAUAGGUUGCAUAUAAAUAAUUUCAUAUUUGUGGUUUUUUAUUUGUUUUUAAUAUUGACACAAACUUAAACUAUUUAUAUAUGUAUAUUGCUUGAAAAUACUUGUGGAUUGAAUGUUAUUUUUCCUAGAUUCCCUUGCCAUUAAAUAUUAAGAAGUUGUGUAAUUUUAAAUGCCACAAUUAAAUUUUCUAUGUGUAAAUAGAGCUACUUAACAUUGUACAUAAACUUUUAUUAAAAUUGUUGAGUGUUUAAAGGAUUUUGCAAUGUUUGAGUUUUGAAGACUAUAUAGAUCCACUCUUUGUUCUUUUUAAAAACUAAUGAAUAUAUGUAUUUUAUGUGUCUGUAAACACAUGUAUUAUAUGUAGAAAUCUCAAUAUUUCACGCUACAAGGAAAUCCAAAUUUUUCAACUUUUUUAUGUCUGAUAGUUUUUGAAGGUAUUUGUUUACAAAAUAUGUAUGCUUAUUUUUAAAGACCAUAAGUAUCUUUUAGUCUGAUUAGGUUGCAUCUUAUACAAUGACAACUAGUAAGUAGUUGCUGUCAGAAAUAUUUUUUAAGGGCAGAAAAAAAAGUUAAAUUAAGUUUUUUAUAAGAUACAUAUAGAUUUGACAAAUGCUUAUCAUUUAGAAUUUUGCUUUAAUAGAAAAGUUAAUUGGAAUGAUAACCUCUAUUUUAGAGUAUUAAUAUACUUUUUUAAAAGUUAGAUAAUUUUAAAAUUCCAUGUGUUCCUGCUUAUGUGUUGUUGGGAGACAAAGGCAUUAAAAUUUGUUAUUCGUAAAUCUUAACAAGGUCUAUGAAGACUUUAUUUCAUAUUUAAAAAUUUACUUUUUUACUUACAAGCUUAGUUUUACAGUUUAACAAAAAACAUUCCUAUUUUCUUCUGAUUUUUGAAGUAUUAGCCUUACAUUCUCAUUUUAUUAUUUGUACUUUCCAAAGUGUUUUUCUAAGAAUUUUAUUGAAGAAUUGAUGAAGCAUUCUAAGUGAAGUCAAAUUACAAAUUUUUAUUUCUUGGUGGUAAGCUAGCUUGAUUGAAUUAUGAUGUUUCCUAUAUAGUUUGAAAUAUGUCAUCAUAGAAAUAAAAGAGUCAUAAAUAUAUAUAUAUUAUUAAACAACUUGCAAGUACUCAUGGUUAGUGACUAUUAUAUAAGAAAGAAAUUGUUAUAAUUUUUUGUUAAAGGAUAUGUAGUAAGCGUGUGAUGAAAUGAUUUAGUAGAUAAAGCACUUGCUUUGAAAUCCUGCCAACUUAAUUAAGAUUGGUCCCUGGACCCUAUGUUCACGUAGGAGAAAACUGACUCCAGUGAGCUAUCCCCUGAGUUAAUACUUAUGCCACAAAAUUAAUGUUACACUCAACACAUACAAAUGUAAACAGUAUAAAAUAUUAAAUGAUACUGUGUGUUUUAAGUGGCUAAAUUCUUUCAUUUUCUGAAAUCCAGUUCAAAGGCUGUAGCAAGAAAAAUCCUUAUUUUUAAACAAAUUGCAAAUCAGUCAAGAGAAAAUAAAGAUUUUUGUAUUAUAUACAAAAUUUUUUCUUAUUUGCUCUGAUUUACAUUACUUAAUCUUAUUGUUAUCUUAAAUUAUUCAAAGUUAGGUCAUUUCAAGAUCAGCAUAAAUUUAGCUUAAUGGAUUUAUUUAGAAUUCAAAAAGGAGUUAGUUUUUAUUGACUGCAAUUAUAUGAAACAACACUUAGAGAUAAAAAGAGAGAGACUACAGCAGACACCAAGGAAAUUCAGAAAAAUCUAAGGAUAUACUUGAAAAUUUUUUACUCCAGUAAGCUAAAAAAAACUUUAAAUUUGUAUUGGAAAUUUUCUUUAAAUAUAUAUUUAUAGGAGAAUAAGUUCCCUGAUACUUACAUUAAAAACCAGGUGUAGUGGUACACACUUUUAACAUCAGUCUAGAAGAAACUUAUUUUUGAUGUCUAAAUAAAUCCACUAAGUUAAAUUUAAAUUUUGAAAAAUUUAAGACAACAAUAAAUUAAGUAAUGCAAAUCAGAACAAAUAACAAAUUUUUGUAUGCAAUAAUCAUUAUAUUCUAUUGGCUGAUUUGUAGUCUGUUUGAAAAUAAGAUUUUUCUUGCUUAAACCAUUGAACUGAUUUUCUGGGCUUUGCUUGAUAGCUAAUCUGGCCGUUUGGCAAACAAGGUGAUAGCUCCUGCAGAAUACCAGGGUUGACCUCUGACCUCUACAAGCAGUCCUAUACAAGUGUACAUCCAUUAUUAUCUUUUUACAGUAUUCUUCCUGCAUGUAUGCCUGUACUCCAGAAAAGGGUACAGAUCUCAUUACAGAUGGAUAUAAACUACCAUGUAGUUGUUGGGGAUUGAACUCAAGACCUUUGGAAGAACAGUCAGUGCUCUUAACCUGUAAGCUAUCUUAUAGCCCCUUGAAACAUUUUCUUAAACACAUCACAGAAAAGUAUGUUUGGUAUAACUAAGAUGACAUCAAACGUUCAGAUUUUUCUUGCUAUGAGAAUUGGUACAGUUGACUGUUUUUAAACAAGAAUGUAUGAUGGAAUAUAUAAAAAAUAUGUAGACUAUAUAGCAUACUCUGUGUGCUGUAUAUGUUUUAUAGAGAAAUAUUUCUUUAUACAGAAAUUCAAGACAAGUGUCUGCACAAAUUUACAUAAACAUAAACAACCGUUUCUA